UUCGGGAAGGCUUUUCCUCUUUUCACAUCAACAAGAUGUCCACCAGGGACUGGUGCUUCCUUCUAACAUGUGCAAAGUACCAGCUGGAGGACGAGUCCGCCCAUUUGGAUGAAAUGCCUCUGAUGAUGUCUGAAGAAGGGUUUGAGAACGAUGAAAGCGAUUACCACACGUUGCCGCGAGCCAGGGUAGCGCGCAGAAAGCGAGGCCUGGAGUGGUUGGUCUGUGGCGGCUGGAGGUCCCUCUGCACCAGUUGCUGUGACUGGCUGGCCCAUGUCUGUCAGAGGAAGAAGCAGUUGAAGGCACGCACCGUGUGGCUCGGGUGUCCUGAGAAGUGUGAAGAAAAACAUCCCAGAAAUGCCAUAAAAAACCAAAAAUACAACGUGUUUACCUUUAUUCCUGGGGUUUUAUAUGAACAAUUCAAGUUUUUCUUGAACCUCUAUUUUCUGGUAGUGUCCUGCUCACAGUUUGUGCCAGCCCUGAAAAUAGGCUAUCUCUACACAUACUGGACUCCUCUGGGAUUUGUCUUGGCUGUUACUAUCAUGCGGGAAGCAAUUGAUGAAUUUCGACGAUUCCAGCGAGAUAAGGAAAUGAAUUCACAACUAUACAGCAAGCUUACUGUAAGAGGCAAGGUACACGUUCAGAGUUCAGACAUACAAGUGGGAGACCUCAUCAUCGUGGAAAAGAACCAGAGAAUUCCAUCGGACAUGGUAUUUCUUAGGACUUCAGAAAAAGCAGGGUCCUGCUUCAUUCGAACGGAUCAGCUGGAUGGGGAGACAGACUGGAAACUGAAAGUGGCGGUGAGCUGCACACAGAGGCUGCCUGCUCUCGGGGACCUGUUUUCAAUCCGUGCGUAUGUUCAUGCCCAGAAGCCACAGCUGGACAUUCAUGCUUUUGAAGGGACGUUCACCAGGGAAGACAGCGAGCCGCCUAUCCAGGAGAGCCUCGGUAUCGACAAUACGCUGUGGGCCAGCACCGUGGUCGCCUCAGGUACUGUGAUAGGUGUUGUUAUUUACACUGGAAAAGAGACUCGGAGUGUCAUGAACACAUCCCAUCCAAAAAACAAGGUCGGUCUGUUGGACCUCGAGCUCAACCAGCUGACCAAGGCACUCUUCCUGGCCCUGGUGGCCCUCUCGGCUGUGAUGGUGACCCUGCAGGGCUUCGUGGGCCCUUGGUACCGCAACCUCUUCCGGUUCCUCCUCCUGUUUUCCUACAUCAUUCCCAUCAGCUUGCGCGUAAACUUGGACAUGGGCAAAGCAGCCUACGGCUGGAUGAUCAUGAGAGACAAGCACAUCCCCGGGACGGUCGUCCGCACCAGCACCAUCCCUGAGGAGCUGGGCCGCCUGGUGUACCUGCUGACAGACAAAACAGGGACUCUGACCCAGAAUGAGAUGGUCUUCAAGCGCCUCCACCUGGGCACGGUUUCGUAUGGCACCGACACCAUGGAUGAGAUCCAAAGCCAUGUCAUCACGUCUUACUCGCAGGCAUCAUCCCAAGCUCCUGGGAGCGCUGCCAGCUCCACACCCCCAAGGAAGGGCCAGGCCUCAGCUCCCAAAGUCAGAAAGAGCGUCAGCAGCCGGAUCCACGAUGCCGUGAAGGCCAUUGCCCUGUGUCACAAUGUGACUCCUGUGUACGAGUCCCGGGCCGGGGUCACCGGGGAGACGGAGCACGCAGAGGCUGACCAGGACUUCAGCGACGAGAAUCGAACCUACCAGGCCUCCAGUCCCGAUGAGGUGGCGCUCGUGCAGUGGACGGAGAGCGUGGGCCUCACCUUGGUCAGCAGAGACCUGGCUUCUAUGCAGCUGAAGACUCCUGGAGGGCAGAUUCUGACCUACCACGUCCUACAGGUGUUCCCCUUCACGUCCGAGAGCAAGCGCAUGGGCAUCAUCGUCAGGGAUGAGUCCACAGCCGAAAUCACGUUCUACAUGAAGGGUGCUGACGUUGCCAUGGCCACCAUUGUGCAGUACAAUGACUGGCUGGAGGAAGAGUGUGGGAACAUGGCCCGGGAAGGCUUGCGCACACUUGUGGUGGCCAGGAAGUCGCUGACAGAAGAGCAGUACCAGGAUUUUGAGAGCCGGUACAGCCAGGCCAAGCUGAGCCUGCAUGACCGGGCACUGAAGGUGGCGGCGGUGGUAGAGAGUCUGGAGCGGGAGAUGGAGCUGCUGUGCCUCACGGGGGUGGAGGACCAGCUGCAGGCCGACGUGCGGCCCACCCUGGAGAUGCUGAGGAACGCAGGCAUCAAGAUAUGGAUGCUGACAGGAGACAAACUCGAGACAGCCACCUGCAUCGCCAAGAGCUCCCACCUGGUGUCCCGCACCCAGGAGAUCCAUGUCUUCCGACCGGUGACCAGCCGGGGGGAGGCCCACCUGGAGCUCAACGCCUUCCGGAGAAAGCAUGACUGCGCACUUGUCAUAUCUGGGGACGCUCUGGAGGUCUGCCUCAAGUUCUACGAGCACGAGUUCGUGGAACUGGCCUGCCAGGGCCCGGCAGUGGUGUGCUGCCGCUGCUCACCCACCCAGAAGGCCCACAUCGUCAGGCUCUUGCAGCAGCACACGGGCAAGCGCACCUGCGCUGUAGGUGACGGGGGCAAUGACGUCAGCAUGAUUCAGGCCGCGGACUGCGGGAUCGGCAUUGAGGGGAAGGAGGGGAAGCAGGCGUCCCUGGCCGCCGACUUCUCCAUCUCACAGUUCAAACACAUCGGCCGGCUGCUCAUGGUGCACGGGCGCAACAGCUAUAAGCGCUCGGCUGCGCUGGGCCAGUUCGUCAUGCACAGGGGCCUCGUCAUCUCCACCAUGCAGGCCGUGUUCUCGUCCGUCUUCUACUUUGCGUCUGUGCCUCUGUACCAGGGCUUCCUGAUGGUGGGGUACGCGACGAUCUACACCAUGUUCCCCGUGUUCUCGCUGGUGCUGGACCAGGACGUGAAGGCGGAGACAGCCCUGCUGUACCCCGAGCUCUACAAGGACCUCACCAAGGGCAGGUCCCUGUCCUUCAAGACCUUCCUCGUCUGGGUUCUGAUCAGCGUCUAUCAAGGCGGCACCCUGAUGCUCGGGGCGCUGGCCCUCUUCGAGUCAGAGUUCGUGCACGUGGUGGCCAUCUCCUUCACGGCGCUGAUCCUGACGGAGCUGCUCAUGGUGGCGCUGACCAUCCGCACGUGGCACUGGCUCAUGGUGGUAGCUGAGUUCCUCAGCCUUGGCUGCUACCUGGCCUCGCUCGCCUUCCUCAAUGAGUACUUCGGCAUAGGCAGAGUGUCGUUGGGAGCUUUCUUAGAUGUGGCCUUCAUCACAACCGUGACCUUCCUGUGGAAGGUGUCAGCCAUCACCGUGGUCAGCUGCCUGCCCCUCUACAUCCUCAAGUACCUGAAGCGGAAGCUGUCUCCUCCCAGCUACUCCAAGCUCACCUCAUGAAGGCCACUCCGCCCAGGGGACUGCUUCCAGCACCCUCCACGCACCGACCACCGUCUCUCAGGACGGACGUCGGCCACCUCACGGGCCAGCACUCCGCCUCCGCUGCACUUGUGUAUUUUUAUCAUUUCUGUUGACAUGAAGAGCCAGCGUGAGUUCCUGUUGAAACUCGCCCUAACGGUGUCUCUGUUACUGUAAAAGGCUUAUCUGCUGCGGUGUUCACAGUGUGUUUCCUGCAGUUGGUUAACAUCCCCGUGCUGUCUUGGUUAUCAUCAUUAGAGGGCCAUCAGGACUCAAAUAAAAUCUAGACUGGUG